AUGCCUCAGUCUACUAAUCUCCUUCCCUUAUUCUUCUUAUUCGUGUGCUGGUCAUGCGGGACUCUAAACGGCGUCGUUUCGGAGCCACAGACCAAUCUUCUGAACACUGCGUGCAGCCCAUACUACGAAUUCGUGAUCUCCAACUUCAGCAUCUUCAGUGAGAACCUAAACGCAACGUUUCGAGACCUGAGAGAGCAGGUGAAGGACCAAAACAAGCAUUUCGCUACGUCGCAGAUAGAAGACCAGAACAACCCAGCUUCGUCUCUUUUCCAAUGUAGAGACUACCUCUCCAUGGCCGAAUGCGUCACUUGCUUCGACGUUGCUGCUGUUCAGAUCCGCAACUGCUCCGCUGGGACCCAUGGUGCCCGCGUCGACUACGACGGCUGCUUUCUCAGGCACCUAUCCCCCAAAUUCAAGUCUGACUUCUGUAUUGGAUAA